CAGAAUGUGCAUGCAACUGCUCGGAGGACAGCGAGACAAGACGCCACGAGACCGCAGGCUACGAGUUCGACAAAUAGUCACUUUCCUCUCUUUCUGCCCGUCUUUUAUUGAAAGAGCCUUUACACACAAAUCCUUCAAAACAGAGUGCGUCCACGUCGCGUUUUUGGCUUGGUCUUUCUCGUUUUUCCCCUCCCUCUCCAAUUCGCUCCUAGACGGCGGCCGAGCUGUCCGUGUGUGUCUUCGUCGAGACCCCGCCCUGUGUCUGCUUUCUUCUUUCACUUGCUCUCUUUCUCUCUUUUCUUUCUUCUCUUUUUCCUGCUUUCUUUCUCGGUUCGUUUCUGUGCUGGCCGUUCCUCUCAGAGGCCUCGGACUGCAAGCAGCCGACGCGAUACGGCAGUUCCCAGUGCCUCUCCUGGGCUUGUCUUCUUUCUAGGUUCUCUUGCUUCCUCUCUCCCUUUUCUUUCUGUUUUCUUCCUCUUUCCAUUUGUCUGUCCUCGUUUCUUUUUUUCUCUUCUCCUUCCUCCUCCGUUCCGCCUCCCUUCCCUCCCGUCGCUGUGCGCGUCGCGGGGCAGACGGAAGAGACAGAGACAACGCGUCUUCGAAAAACACGGCUUUUGCGCUCCCUUUCUCUCUUUUCCUCGCGGUCGCGUUUUUCCACUUCAUUUCUCUCUUCUCCGCUUCUCUGCGCGUCUCCGUGACUUCUUGGCCUUCGCCGUGUGCCUCCGAAAGCGCGGACUCCGUCUCCCGGUUCUCGUUUUCUCUUUGCAGUCCGCGCGCCUCUGUCUUCCUUCGCGUCGCUCUGCUGGAAGGCCGGAAGCCGAAGAUGGAGAAACUCAGGAAGGCUGUGCGCAAGGGCGCUGUCGAGGAGGUCCGAGGUCUCGUCCUCGAGGGUGCAGACGUCAACGCUCUGGACAAAAGGGGAGUCAACGCUCUUCAUGUAGCGGCAGAGAUGAACGAUCUGGACCUCCUGGACGCUUUGCUAGAGAGCCCGAAGGCGGACGUUAACAUCGUCGAUCAGGUGCAAGGCUGGACGCCUAUCGUCCACUGUCUCUGUGCCUCAGGAGGAGAUACUUCAAUUCUUCGACGUCUUGUCAAGGUGCCAAGGUGUAACCUCACCGUCACAGACUUGGAUGGCAACUCCGCACUUCACUGGGCUGCAAUGCUCAACCAACCGGACGCCGUCAAGCUGCUCAUCACCCGUGGCGCGCCAAGAAACGCCGUCAACCACGCAAAAGAGACGCCUCUACACGUAGCGUUGAAGGAGGGGAACGAAGAGACAGUUGAGAUGCUAAUCGAGGAGAACGUGGACGUGAACGCAAAGAAUGAAGACGGCAAAACUGCUUUACACGUCGCACUAAGUCUGCGACAAGUGAAUUUGGCUCGUCGCCUCCUGCAGUCCGAGAAACUCGAUCUGGAUGCGAAUGUCGACGCCGAGGGAAAUACGCCGAUUCACCUCGCAGUCAAAGAGGGACUGGACGGAUUUGUGGAGAAACUCGUUGCUCGGGGUUUCUCGCCUGACGCGCGCAAUCGGGCAGGUUUCACUGCAGAAGAAUUGCGGGAGCAGCAAGUGAAAGAGGCAGAGGAAACGGCUGAGAGACACUUGGCCGCAAAGGAGGAGCGCGAGCUUCGCAAAAGACGGCAAGCCGAACAAGAAAUGAAUCUGUCAGAAGUGACGCGCUUCUGUCGAAACUACGGCCUCGCGGACUCCGUCGCCGAAAUCUUGUACAAGAAAAAAUUCCGUUACUUGGACGACGCGUUCUUCGACCUCAGCAGCGCGAUGCUGAAGAAGUUUGGGCUGUCGAAUGACGACCGGGAGAAGCUCGAGCAGGCUCGGGAGGACUACCUCGCGAAAUCCGAACGUGAAAAAGCUGCAACUCUCGAGGCAAUGGAGAGGGCUACGGCGCGCAGACGAACGUUGCUUCGCCUUCUUGGAUUUGUGGUCGUGGCGAUUAUUUUCUUGCUGCUCUACUUUGGCCUCGAGCUCUUCAUUGCGCGAGACAGCCGGAAGAGACGUUAACAAGAAAAGCUUCCUCUGGAUCUAUCGCUGAAUCACAGCCAGUGAAUUUUAACCGUUCAAUCGAUACCGUCAAAUAAAUAUGAGUCAAGCGAAAUCGUCAACCCAGCGUCACCAAAGAAACAUUGGAAAUGAAUAAAACGAAAAGCACAUAUCGAUAAGAGCGAAUCCAACUAGUUACUUCCACAAUUGUCUUAGAAGCUCAGAUGGUCUUCCACAGACGCUCUCUCCGGUUUCGGACCUAUUCGGAAUCUGCUGUUCCAGAAAUCAAAAAGUAAACGACACAAACAGCUCACCACAAGACGUUGUGCCCGGAAGGAUCUCAAAUGACAGUGAAUCCAUUUGUCACUGUCACGCAUUCGGUAUUUAAUUUUUCUCCCUGGGACAAAAGUGGCUGCGCACCUACGGCUACCAAAAACUAAAGUACCACGAAACAACACGGACGUUCCGCUUUUGGUUCCUCGGCGUCAUAAAACGUCUCUGACAAGAAUCACAAAACACCACUACUACCUGGUGAGGAGCGUUCCACUUGGCCGUUGACCAAGAACUGGAUUUCGGAAAACCAACCACCACCCACCGCAUUUUUCUCCUCACGUUUUUUUCUGUCGCUCGGAUGCCUACCCUCCACUCAUCGCCGCGCUUUGUGGACACUCAAGAGUAGGCGCGUCCGCUGAAGUCUGGGCUCCUGUGCAUUCGUGCGCUCUUGUAUGAAACUCAUCGGCUCGGAAGAAAAUGAAUUGUUUUCGAGCGUGGUAGAAAACGGCCGACGGAUCGUUUCAGUGAACACCAUCGAAAAACUUCACACCGCGCUCUACAGGAUUAAUCAGCGGUCUGCACCAAGAAGACCGCGAUGUCUUUCCUCAAUAUCAAAAGAGUGACGUCGGGUUCCUUGUACAUGUGUAUCUCAUAGCUGCGUACUUCGGUCGGACCAGAAAAAAGGUUGUGUGUAGAAGAGAGGACACUUCUCCGUGAACCUAGUCGGCUGAAGAGGUUUUCGACAGCGUUUCCAGAGGCCAGACAAGGAUACGUAGGAAGCGGCAACCUUCACGACAGAAAUGCCAUCCGAAAUGCGUUACUGCGUAAGUCUGAGACACACCACUCACAACUCGGAUGUGACUUUAACGAACGAGCACUGGACUUGAGUUUCAGUGGGAAACGACAAUUGGAUUCAAAACGGCACUGAAAUAGUGCUGUCUCUUCGAGAGAACAAAUCUCCUACUU